AACACUCUCUAUGCCCUUUCCUAUCCAAAGGUCCUCCUACAGGUUGGGGAGGGCAAAGCAGUUAAGGUUUACCCGCGGCAAUUAGACACAGAGUCUGUUGUUUGUGCAGAACAAAAGCUUUCAUUGUGCACAGUGAACUGGAACAACAUGCUCUUGGUCAAGUGUCUCAUUAAUCGUGACCCUUUUGCUGCAUGCGGCAGUGCUGGAUCUUCCAUCCUGCCCUGAAGGAGAUGGCACUAGAGCUGGGCUCGUCCCUCUCGUGCCGUCCCGUGGCACACAGGCCACUCACCUCCGUCAGCCACCCUCCUCAGGUUUGCCGCUGGUCAGCUUGACCUUGACAGCAUAGCGGUUAGCCUAAAGCUCCCUGAUUGCAGGAUAUGUACAGCCUUACCAAGAGAUGGAGGAAUGGAAAUCCCUCAGUGUGGGACUCCCUCCACCAAUUGGACACCAUGGGGUGGAGCAGGAAGUAGGCGUAGGUGUACAAAUAUGAUGGUGACAGUAGGAAAAAGGACCUGAAUUCAGUGUACAGCUAUAGACAGGCCUCAGUGUAAGACCGUUCCUGAGAACUAGAAGGACAUUAUGUAGGAGGAUAUUAGUGCUUCAAUGGAACAGCUCCUCCUCCAGGGAUACUGAGAACCUCUUGGAAAAGGGUGAAGCGGGGAAUAACCCCCUUAUAGACAGGCCCUCUGGGUUCCAUAGUUUUAUGGGAUGGUUUAUUCCUAGCCUAGGAGUAAAGGAAUCAGAAAAGGCAAUUGUCAGUAUAGCAGCUACACUAGAGAAUAUCAAGAACUCAACUAUGGAUGCUAUACUUGGACUGCAGACAGAGGUGUCCUCUCUUCAUCAAGUAGUAUUGCAGAAUGGAACGGCUCUUGAUCUCCUGACAGCCAAAGAAGGAGGGGUGCACGCUGGAAGUAAUCAAAACUGAGAAAACUCAAAGAAAAGAAACAGAUGUGCAUGCUGAACUGUGGGAACAAACUCAGGUGAUCCACCACGUUAUUUUGGAUAAUACCUCGUCUGGACCUACAGAACUGUGGAGCAGAUUAACCAGUUGGUUAGCGAGCUUUGCCUGGCUAAAGCCACUCUUCAUGGUGCGCGCAGUCUUACUCUUGGAAUAUUCGUAUGCGUUGUUACGUUGUUUCUUGAGUGUGUUUAAUGGAAACAGCAUAAGAUACGCCAAAAGAUGGAGAGCGGGGCUUGUUUUUCAUGUUUUUCAUAAAUCCCCAGGACAGAAUGGCAUCAUCUAGCGACGUGACGCUUGCUAGAUUAUAGAAAAGGGGGGAAUUGAUAUGGAACAUAUUUCUGUAGAAUUGUUUUGGAAUUAUGUACCAUGUAAGGAGGUGUAGAGUGAACAAAGGCGAAACAGAUGCUUCUGGCACUCAUGCUCACUUACUGGUUCCUUGCUGUAUCACUACAACUAGGAACAAGAGCUGCAAUCACAAUAACUCAGCAAUUGGGGUGGAGAAUAUGACAGUAACAUGUUGGAACUUGCAAUAUCAGAAUAAUCUAUGUUGGAAAUAAUCCAAGUAAUUUUUGUCAGGACGGUAUCUCUGAUAACAGCAGAAUUUAUUCGCGAUUGCAAUGGCGGGCGUCCCACAAGUAGGAGCGUGCCUAUGGACACAACAUGGCAGCCUUUAUACCCUGUUUGCUCCCCCUUGCCUGCCCCCUCCCCUGUUUCCCCACUGGCUGGGUACACAAUCUUAUGGCUGGUUCACAAUCUUAUCAGAAGGUUUACAUUUGCUAUUUACUUGUUCAUUUAUUUGUUAUCUGGUGUCAGUCAGUAAUCAUCCUGUUGUUUCCAAGAUGUCUCGGUGCUCUCCUUGUCCUAUUGAUAUGGUGAUUUUCUUUAAAGUCAUUAUCAUAGUUAAACAAAGAGCACUGGGGGAUGAUGUCAGGCCUUCCCAAUGUUUCUUCAGGCGCUUUCUCGGGCAUGCCAUGGCUUGUUCUCUGGUUUGCUCUCAUGCAGGAUAUUCUUGCAGUGUGUAUGGCAAAAUAUACAUAUAUACACCUAUAUACAGAGUGUGUUCCUGGGAAGGUUCGUCUAUAAGAUAAGUGAUGUAAACUUAUCAGAGAUCUUCCCCAAGUUAAGUAGAGGGACUCCCAAAAUGAACUAUGAUAACGGAGAUCAUAAAAUAAAAAUAAUAUUAUACAAUUCUAAUGCCAAAACAACAUUUGAUUCCCACAUCUACACCUACUUUCUCAGAAUCAGUCAAAAUAUCCUCUCAUAUUCUUGCGUAUGUACAACUUGUCUCUACAAAUAUUCUUAAACUUCCCAUGUACAGUGUUGUUGGAAAUAAUCCAAGUAAUUUUGUCAGGACGGUAUCUCUGAUAAAAGCAGAAUUUAUUCGCGAUUGCAAUGGCGGGCGUCCCACAAGUAGGAGCGCGCCUAUGGACACAACAUGGCAGCCUUUAUACCCUGUUUACUCCCCCUUGCCUUCCCCCUCCCCUGUUUCCCCACUGGCUGGGUACUCCAGGUUCACAAUCUUAUCAGAAGGUUUACAUUUGCUAUUUACUUGUUAUCUGGUGCCAGUCAGCAGUCAUCCUGUUGUCUCCAAGAUGUCUCGGUGCUCUCCUGGUCCUAUUGAUAUGGUGAUUUUCUUUAAAGUCAUCAUCGUUAAACAAAGAGCACUGGGGGAUGAUGUCAGGCCUUCCCAAUGUCAGGCGCUUCCUCGGGCUGCCAUGACUUGUUCUCUGGUUUGCUCUCGUGCAGGAUAUUCUUGCAGUGUGUAUGACAAAAUGUACAUAUAUACACAUAUAUACAGUGUGUUCCUGGGAACUAUGAUAGCGGAGAUCAUAAAAUAAAAAUAAUAUUAUACAAUUCUAAUGCAGAAACAACACUUGAUUCCCACAAUUCCCCCCUUUUUCUUUUUUAUACAUUGUUGAUUUCUGCAAUUCUUUAAGGUUCACUUUUAUAGACAUCGCCCUCAUCUUCACUUUCUUUAUCUCCCAUCUCCUCUAAUACCAAAAUUUUUUCCAAAUGUCAUGGCUCCCUUAGUGCUUGCUUCAAUAGUGCUCUCUCUAUCAUUAUUAUCUACAUUAUUAUAGUAAUUAUUAUAUCUAUAUUACUAUCUAUUAGUGCUCACUCUACUAGUCCCCUCACAAAGGGGGUAACACAGCAACCAGUGGCCAUCAAGGCUCCUGCUGCUACUAUCAAAGAAGUAAAUGUAGAUACAAUCACCCCUUUCCAUUUACCAAACCAGAACUCCAACCAUCCAGUGACAGAAGUAUCUAUUCCUGAUUUCUUUUCUGCCACUUCAUUGCCAAGGGUGGCACCAAGUCCUUGCACUGCCUUCAUUAUUAUGUCAUCCAGAGCUGUGUUAUUGGGAUAAAGGUGCAACAACGAGUACCCAGUGUUACAUAUACAUUCCUUUAUCAUAUCUUAGGAGAUCCUAUUUUCUCAGGCCACCCUACUUGUGGCAUAUAACUGUCCUGCAAUUCUCUUUAUUGCACUCCUUGUAUAAUUUGUAAAUCUCCAUUGAUUAUAACAGAUGUAGUUAACCCAAUCUACAUUCUUGUUGAUCAUCACCCACCAGGACAGUGACUCAAACCCUGCAACAGUUUGAUUUCUUGCCUUAAAAUCAUCAGGAACAACAAGAAGAAAAAAAGUUUAAAUCCUUAGCUUGCCCACAUACCAAACAAUAUUGAUAUGUAAUACAUAAGUAUUUACAUCAAAUGCUGCACUCAUCAAAUCAAAAUUUCUAACAGUUACAAGAGCCCACAUUUCUGUCCUUAGAUUCACAAUUUUAAGGGUCCAGCUGAUUUCAGUUCUCAUUCUGUUUGAGGGACCUUCUUACCUCUAGUAUGAUAUAUCCACAAUGCUUUCACUGUUGUGUGGGAUGUUAGCAGCACCUGGAACAGACCUACCCACCUUGGUCCCAGGGGCGAAUCUUAAAAGAGAUUUGUUACAUACAUAUUAUCGAGCCAUAUCAAGGCCUUGGGCUCUAGUUCCUAGAACCAGUUUCUCUUUUUCUCAAAGCUAUUCCUGCAGACUAAUCACAUGCUCAGUUAGUAUUUUGCUCCCUACUUGGGUAGAAAUCCCCUUUUGUACAACAUAAGGCCUUCUGUACAGUAUUUUGAAAGGACUUAACCCAUCUUUGGCUCUAGGUUUUGUUCUGGUACUAAGGAGAGCCAAAGGCAACAACUGUGAUCAGGAUAGUCCAGCUUCCUGUCCCAGUUUUACACCCUGUGAUUUAAUUAGACAGUUCAUCUUUUCCCCCUGACCACUCGCCUGUGGUCUGUGUGCUGUGUGCAAUUGCCAAUUUAUUCCCAAUGCUUGCUGACCUCUUGGACAAUCUCUGCAAUAAAACGAGUUCCCUGGUUGAAGGGUAUUGUUGCAGGACACCCAAACCUUGGAAUAAUCUCCUGCAAAAGCACCUUGGUUACUUUCUUGGCUCUAUUGGUCCUGCAAGGGAAUGCUUCUGGUCACCCUGAAAGGGUAUUGGUUACAACUAGCAUAUAUCAAAACCCUCAUUUUUCCUGGCAGUUAAAAAAAAAUCAAUUUGCAAUUGUUGUCCUGGAAGGUUCCCUUUCCAACAAGCCCCACUCGUACCCUGUUCCUGGUACUAGGAUUGUACAGUUACUUUCUGGUGUCUGAACCCCCCCAUGUUUUAUUAUGUUCCCUUAGAACCAAAUGCUAUAAAAUACUAACGGGCACAACAGUGUGUCCAUCUGGGUAUGCACCCAUCUGUCAGCUUGCUCUCUUCCCUUCAUUCAUUAGAUUCCUAUCCUUUCUAGAGUACCUUAUAGGUUCUGACUAAGGUUCAGGUAUUUCAAGUGUACCGUCUGGAAUUAAAGCUGUUCACCAAUUUCUUUUCCUUCAGCUGCCUGUUUUGCCACCUGAUUCAUCAUCAUAUUUCCAGUUUCCUGUACAGUGUCACUCUUCUGAUGUCCUUUACAAUGUAUAACAGCCAUGAUGUUCUUUGGUAGAUUUACAUCAUGCUGAAUUUGUUUUCCUUGUGUGUAAACAAUCCUUGCUCUUUCCAGAUGGUACCACGAGUGGGUACCACCCCAAAAGCAUAUUUAGCAUCCAUCCAUAUAUUUAAGGUUCUUGUCAAGGCAAUUAUUUCAGCCUUCUGAGUGGAAGUCCCCACAGGUAAUGGUUGUGCUUCAAUUACCCUGUCAGUAGCAGUUACUGCAUGUCCUGCCUUACGGUUUCCUUGUCUUCACAAAACUGCUUCCGUCGAUGAAUCCAGGACUCCUCAGCAUCGUCCAGGACUCCUCAGCAUCGUCCAACGGUUCCUCCUGUAGCUCUGACCAACUUGCACAGACAGCCUCCAUGCAGUCGCACAUUGCUGGCUUGGAGGCAGCUCUGCGUUGGUGUUCUGGGUGUUCAGCAAGUUGCUUCCUUCUCUUUGAUCAGUUGUUCUUUCUGUUGAGAAACUUGAUAGCCAUUUAAAUCAAGAAAUUCAGCAAGCUCACAGUCUAUUGCACACAGCCCUUUGUUACUGUAGCAUCCACGUACUGCAGUAAAGUUCCACUGUGAGAUGGUGAACCCAAAUCUCAGGCUCACGAGUUGACCAGUUCUCAAAAAUCAUUGGGCUGUUCUCACAACCCUGGGUAACACUGUGCAGGUUAACUGAAUUAUUAUUAUUAUUAUUACUUUUAAUUAUUAUUUUUUUUUUCUUCUCUCCAUAUUUGAGUUUUUCUAUUCAAAGGCAAAUAAUUUUAGACUUUCUUUUGCAAAACCAGGCAGAAAAAGGUGUACUUCAAGUCCAGAACGGUAAAACCCACCUACUUAUUCCUUAACUUGGUUAAUAAAGAUAUACACCAUGUGUUGUAUAUAUUCAACUUUUCUAUUAAUUGCCCUCAAACCUUGUACCAAACGAUAGCUCUUGCCAUCCAAUUUUUCAUUUGCAAGAUUGGGUGUUGUAUUUGGAUUUCUAUCCAAUUAGUAAUCCAAAAUCCAAAAAGUUAUUAUUUCUUUUACCCUCCUACAAUAUCGUAUCCUCAAAAGGCAUUGCUUUACCCUGGUUGGGCUGGCUCCCAUCUUUAACUUAACUUUCAUUGGGCUGCAUUUUUGGCUCUGCCAGGCAUCCCUGAUGCCUGCAAUCCUGUGUAUACCCAAUGUAGGAUUUACGUAACUUCUGGGAGUACAACAUUGCUUUUCCCAGUUUGUGUUAAAGCCAGACUUAAAAUUUUCAGUCCAUUGCUCUUGCUUGACAAGUAGGUCCAAUCGUCUCUACUGAAUUUAAUCUCCACAUUCAACUAUUCUAACAUGUCAUGCCCAAAUAAUCGUUUUGGAGAACCCGGCAUGUACAAGAAUUUAUAUAUUCCUACUUGUUCUCCUAGCCUGUAUUUAAUUGGUCCAAAAAAAAAUAAACUUCUCUUGCCAGUAGCUGCUACAACUAUUACAAAAAUCAUCUACGGGUAACAGUAAGACGCACCCAGAGGUACCAGAAAACAAACCUCUUCAGCCUGCUUCCCCUGCUGCUUUCAGUCCUGGCAGGGUGGAACUCUCCCUGAGUCCUUCCAGGCUCCCCUUACCUCUUCUUCUAGGUAAGGACAUCCCUGUUAACCUUGCUCAACUUUGCAUUCCCCAAGCCCUUUUCACUUCCCAAACUCUCAUCAUCACAGCCAUUACUAACAUUGUAUUUCAGUUUCACUCCCUUCUCUCCCCAGGCUUCCAGUGCUCACACUGAUACCGGGUUUCCCCAGCUCUGCAGAUGCCGGCUAUUCUCACUUCCAAUGUCCGUCCCAUCCCCAUUCACAAGCACUGCACCCUUCACAUCACAGCGGGAGGCUCCAGCCCCCAGCUCUUUCUCCCACUCCAAGUUGUUCUUACAAGCCGCAGUGGGGGGGUGUGCGGGGAUGUGUUCUCGUGCCGGCCCAACUCUAAUAUCCCAAACUCACUGUUUUCCUUCACCUUUUUGCCAUUUUUUUUGUUUGUUUGUUUGUUUUUCCACAAUUCCACUAUUUGUACCCUCAACUGCAAUUCCACAUACCAUUAACAAUUGCAAUUCCGCAUACCAUUAAAAACUGCAUUGCCACAUAAUUUCCAUAUACCGUUAACAACUGCAUUUCUACAUACUAUUAAAAUUGCACUUCCACACAAUUUCCACAUACCAUUAAAAAUUGCAUUUCCACAUAAUUUCCACAUACCAUUACAAGUUGCAUUUCUGCAUUUCCAUAUACCAUUAAAACUGCGUUUCCACAUACCAUUAAAACUGCAUUUCCACAUAAUUUCCACAUAUCAUUAAAAGUUGCAUUUCCACACAAUUUCCACAUACCAUUAAAAUUGCAUUUCUUCAUUUUCAUAUACCAUUAAAAACUGCAUUUCCACAUAUCAUUAAAAGCGGUAUUUCCACAUAAUUUCCACAUACCAUUAAACCAGUUUCUCCUAGUGCCUUCACAAUCCACAAAUCAAACAACAGAAUUCCUCAACUUCCACAAACACCCAGCACUUGGUCUCAUGAUUAGGGCACUCAAUUAUACAACUGGUCCCAUUACUCCAUUUACGUUCCUGGUUUCUUAUUCAAUAUUCCCCCUGGCUCACCAACAAUGUUUCUCCAGUGAGCCAAAAUACAACCCAGGGGGUCUUCUCAUAUCACUUUAGACACCCCUUGUUCCAUAACAGCCUCAUACACAACAUAACAUAACACAACACCUUCAGGACAUAAACAUUUAACAAUCAUAAAGACAGUGACAAUAAUCAGUACAAUUUAUCCUCAGGAUCCUUCCUCUCUCUCUGCCUUCCUCCAGAGCUCAACCUUCCCUCUGUAUUCAUUUCUCACACUUGCGUAGCUGCCAACCUCCUUCUCCAAUAAUCAACAUAUCAACGAUAAACAUCAUUUCCAUCCAUGAGUACAAAUUAGGCCCUAGAAAUUGAUCUAAUUGUUCUGCUACACUUAUAGGAUCCUCAGUUAAGGAAUUCUUCUUGCAACUCCUAACUUCUCUUCUAGUAAAAACAGCAGGCAUUACCGCACCUUUUUUCCCUUUGACCUAAGACUGCCUUAAGAGGACAAAGUGAAGUAUUAGUAAGGUUAGUAUUAGAGAAAGGAAAACUAUCCAGGUCCCAUUCGCAUUACUCCAACUCCCUCAGUAAUUGAGAGCGCAUCCUCUCUCCAGGACCCUGCACAGAUCAGCAGCACCCACUUUCCUCCUCUGGAGAGGUCACCGCUGCUUUAAAAAUUGCACUGCUUUAGAAAUUAAAGGGGGGGGGGAAGUUACCUAAGGGAUCCCAUUUAUGAUCUUUCUGCUUCUCUUUCCCAUUUCCUUUGAACUUGGACUCCUCGCGAGGCACAUUUCUUUACUCCUUGCACUCAUUAAGCGACUUAAGCCAAUUCUGUUUCAGAAAAAGGAGUCUUACUGUUGACAUAUAAAUACAAAGUCUGAUAGGCCCAAUUUUCGUCAGACUCCUAUUUUGGUCAAAAAAAAAUGAUUUUCCCUGUAGUGGCUCCCUACUGUAUACAGUAUUUAAACAUCUUUUCCCUGUUCUUUUCCUAGUUUUGGGAUUAUUUUCCAAUUUUGAAACACUUCUCCCAAGGGGCUGGCUCUCUCUAGGCACCAUUCCGGGGACCUUUUUCCCCUGCUCUCGGGAACUCCUAUUACCCAUCCCUCCAGAAUGCUACUGUGAACUCCCCAGCUCACAGGUUACCACAUUCUGAUUCUCGGAUUUUGGGCCCAAUCCCUCAGGAGUACUAGACUCCUAUCUCGGAUUAAUAGGGGUGUACUGCUGGCACUUCGUCAAGCGCACAGGGUACCGCACACCAACAGUUCCCUCCCGAGACUCUUCCUUUCACCAACACAGCCGCUUCGUCCGUCCCUGGCCGUGCCCCUCGCGGGACAGCGGAACCGCAGGUCGGGACUCAGCACUCGCUUCGCACUGACAGCGCGUCUCAGUCACACACACUCAAAGAGUCUCAACCGACCCCCAAGGAAAGAGUUAAAUCCCCUUACCUUGGUCCGUGCACGAAGUUACCGGGUCGCAAUGGCCAACACCCGUGCCUGCCUGCCCCUUGGCUUUUACAGAGUCCGUCCUCUAUGAAACAGUCUCGGUUUUUUAUCGGCCGUACCAAGGAGUCACCUCACCACCCAGACAGGACCGCUGAAAUCAGCGGGGUGCACCUAUCCUGUGCAGGGCAGUAGGGAAACUCUCAAAGAGGCGAUAAUAAUCCCGGACGAGCCCCCAAAUUGUUGGAAAUAAUCCAAGUAAUUUUUGUCCGGACGGUAUCUCUGAUAAAAGCAGAAUUUAUUCGCGAUUGCAAUGGCGGGCGUCCCACAAGUAGGAGCGCUCCUAUGGACACAACAUGACAGCCUUUAUACCCUGUUUACUCCCCCUUGCCUUCCCCCUCCCCUGUUUCCCCACUGGCUGGGUACUCCAGGUUCACAAUCUUAUCAGAAGGUUUACAUUUGUUAUUUACUUGUUAUCUGGUGCCAGUCAGUAGUCAUCCUGUUGUCUCCAAGAUGUCUCGGUGCUCUCCUUGUCCUACUGAUAUGGUGAUUUUCUUUAAAGUCAUCAUCGUUAAACAAAGAGCACUGGGGAUGAUGUCAGGCCUUCCCAAUGUCAGGCGCUUCCUCGGGCCGCCACGGCCUGCUCUCCGGCCCGCUCCCGCGCAGGACACCCCCGCAGUGUGCACGACAAAAUGUACACAUAUACACCUAUAUACAGUGUGUUCCUGGGAACUAUGACAGCGGAGAUCAUAAAAUAAAAAUAAUAUUAUACAAUUCUAAUGCAGAAACAACACUUGAUUCCCACACUGGGAAGGUUCGUCUAUAAGAUAAGUGAUGUAAACUUAUCAGAGAUCUUCCCCAAGUUAAGUAGAGGGACUCCCAAAAUGAACUAUGAUAACGGAGAUCAUAAAAUAAAAAUAAUAUUAUACAAUUCUAAUGCCGAAACAACAUUUGAUUCCCACAUCUACACCUACUUUCUCAGAAUCAGUCAAAAUAUCCUCUCAUAUUCUUGCGUAUGUACAACUUGUCUCUACAAAUAUUCUUAAACUUCCCAUGUACAGUGUGCAGGUUAGGAAAGGCUACUCCUUCUGCACCCAGCAUGUGUGCAUAGUGCUGUAACUCAAAAUAUACCUGCUCUAUAACCACUUUGUGGUUAUUGAGUUUGAUUUUCAGCAAGUCAUCCUGUUCAGGCCAUGAUCUGUGUUCUUCCACACAUAUGGAAGUUCUACUUAGCCUUGAGAGAGACAGAAGUGAGAACACUUGGAAGAAUGUGGUAAACAGUGUCCCUCCCAAACUGGACGAGGGUGGGUUUGAUCGUUUGUAUUCUUUUGAUUUUUCAUCUCCAGAGCAGUGUCCAAAAGAGGAUGCGUGACCUCCUCUGCGACAGGGGUACCGGCACUUUUAAUGCAUUACUGAACAACUGCUUUCUGGAAAGCUUUGAUGUGAGCAGAGGAAAUACUUUUGGUCAUCUGUACAGCUGAGUUAUCAGCACAAAGGAAAGAGAUGCGGCUGUGAUCACAGGAAAGUUCAGAGGAACAUCCCCUGCAGAAAGAUGCGUAGAGUUUAAACACUGCCAAGUGAAACUAGGAAUCCACUCUUGCCCCAAAGACCAUGCAAUAGAACAGGAAGCAGUCUUUCCCGAACACAAACCCCCGGUUACCCCGAGGUUGGUUCCUUCUGGGUGGCCUUAAAGUCUGAAAGUAUACAGCAGCGAACAGCAGAGCCGGCCCUCGUACAGCAGACAGCUUAACCAUGCUCAUGCCUUGCAAAGAAGACCGAAUUGAGAAAGCAGGACAGGAAGUUGUUGCAAAUAGAACUCACUUGCUCAGCGAGUAGAAACGUGACAUCAGUGCCAUGGGCAGCGCUCAGUGAGCAAGUGCGCCAGCUGCAGGGAGAUGCUGCCCUCGAGAGCAGGCAGCCAGAGAUUGCCUCUUGCUGGGAGCUGCUCGCGGGUGAGGGGAGUUAAAGGAACGCCAGGACAGCAACGUGGGGACAAGGCUGUGCGAAUGUCCCCAGCAAAGGAAGCAAAGAGACCCAGUAGACAGCGACGCUUCAUUAGCGUAACAAAACGCAGCCCCCAUCCCUCCCUUCCCCGGGUGCAGAUGUGCCGGAGAACGAGCUGUGAAACUGCCCAAGGCCUGGCAGCCGGCUCGGGGCGUGCUCGCUGUGGGAACUGCUGCCCGGCACCUGAGGCUGUGCCGAAGCGGCCAGAGCCUGGCCGGAAGCCAUCCGGGCAGCACCGCGAAGGCAGGAGGAGCAGCAAGGCCGUGCUGCGGCCAGCUCCGGGCUGAGGGCACUCGGCAUCCUCUGUUCUCCGCGACUCGCAGGAGCCCGGUUGCCUGCACCAGAGGCGGGAGCAGCCUGCUCCGCACCCAAGGCUCCGGUUCAACUUCUGCCUUCCAGCCAUGAUCAUCUCACGUGCAGGAGAGUCGCAGAUGGCCACAGCACAUCCAUCUCAGGAGCCCGUGAGCUUUGCGGAGGUGGCCGUGUAUUUCAGCAGGGAGGAGUGGGCGCUGCUGGACCCUGCGCAGCGAGCGCUCUACCGGGACGUGAUGCUGGAGACGUACCAGUGCGUGGCCUCGCUGGCUCCACUUCCAGCCCCCAGACCAGUGCUGAUCUCCCUGCUUGAAGGCGGGGAAGAGCCCUGGAUCCCAGAUGUGCGUAGCCCUGAGGCCGUGCCAGGAGACCUCAGCCCAGCAGGAACUGGGGUUACAGAUCUACUGGAGGAUCUGCAGGAAAGUGGUGUGGCCAGAAGGCGAUGGGGUGGUGUCUGUGUGGAAGAAAUCAGAAGGGAUGUCCAAGGAGGCGUGGAGCAAGGUCAGGCAGAGCACAUCACCACGAUGCCACUGGGAAAGUGUCUGCAAGAGAAAGGAAGGAGCCCACUGGACUCGAACAUAGGUCAAAAGGAGCGUGAAGAACCCAGGAGCAAGAAUGUGUGCCAGAAGGAAAAGCAGAAUCCAUGCACAGAGUGUGGAAACAGCUUUGAAAAAGAUUCCAGCAUCGUUAACCACCAGUGCAUACGCUCAGCAAUGAGUGCAUACAAGUGCACUGAAUGUGGGAAGAGCUUCAAAUGGAGAUCCAAACUCACCUACCACCAACGCAUCCACACAGGAGAGAGACCCUACAAGUGCUGUGAGUGUGGGAAGAGCUUCAAAAGCAGUUCUUAUAUGAAGUACCACCAACGUAUGCAUUCAGAGGAGAGACCCUACAAGUGCUUUGAGUGUGGGAAGAGCUUCAAAAGCAGUUCUUAUAUGAAGAGCCACCAGCGUAUUCACUCAGAGGAGAGACCCUACAAGUGCUUUGAGUGUGGGAAGAGCUUCAAAAGCAGUUCUGAUUUGAAGAGCCACAAACGCUUCCACUCAGAGGAGAGACCCUACAGGUGCUCUGACUGUGGGAAGAGCUUCAAAUGGAGAUCCCAACUCACCUACCACCAACUCACACACACAGGAGAGAGACCCUGCAAGUGCUGUGAGUGUGGGAAGAGCUUCAUUUGCAAUUCCAAAUUGAAGCUUCACCAGCGUAUGCACUCAGAGGAGAGACCUUACAAGUGCUCAGAGUGUGGGAAGAGCUUCUCAAGGAGUUAUGAUUUGAAGUGCCACCAGCGCAUCCACACAGGGGAGAGACCCUACAAGUGCUCUGAGUGUGGGAAGAGCUUCAAGAGCAGUUCUGCACUGAAGCAGCACAAGCGCAUCCACACAGGGGAGAGACCCUUCAAAUGUCUGGAGUGUGAAAAGAGCUUUAAACACAGAUCUGAUCUCAUCACCCACAAGCACAUCCACAGCACACAUGGGCUGUAGAAGCAUAUCAAAACUUUGGGAACCUUCAAAAGUAGUUCCAGCCUCAUUACCUACCAGCAGAGCCACACAAGAUACAGAGCCUGCAGAGCUCCAAACAUGGGAACAGCUUCAGCCAGAGUCUCAGCCUGGUCACUGGGCUUUGUGCAGAGGGCAGAGUUCCUCACUGGCCCUACAAGUGUUUCUGGUGCAUGACUGGCACCCUCUGCAGAUGGGACUUAACCCAGGAGCUUCAGAUGGCCUUUCCUUGCUACCCAGAGCAGUUCUCUCACCAUGCCCGGUUUCUUCUGCUCUUCCUGCCAGCAGCUUUUUGAUGCCAUUUCCUAAGGAGAAGUGGCUGUGCAGGGAUGUUCUGUGUGUCUGUGUGCAUGUGUUGCUCUCAGUAAUUUGUGAGUGCACUGAUGAACCUGAGAGAAGGGUCAGGACAGCAGUAACGUGGCUGUUGGAGGUUUUCUGAGAAUCAUCUGUAGUGGAAGGCGUAGAGGGUGAAUAAAGAAGCUCAGUUGUUCUGAAUCUUUCUUCAGUGUAGUCUUGUUUGUUGUUCUUACAAUGAAUGUCAGCAUGUGGAAUGAGGAGAGGGAAAGGUGCAAGCAGGAUUUGGUUUGGGUGCCUCCUCCAGACCAGUGCUUGCUUCUGUAGAAGACGUUUUGUUCAUACAAUCCUAUCAUCCUUCCUAACCGUGCUGCGCAGUGGUUCUACUGCUUGAGGAAGACUGUUAAGCAAAACAGACCUGGCUGGCCUGAAAGGGUCAAACAGGGAACACGCGGCCCCUCCUGAAAGGGAAGGACUGCCAUGUGAAACUAGCAAGCAUAAGCUACAGCUUCUUCGUUCCAUGACCAAGAGCAGAACAUGUUCUGUGAAGAGAACGCCUUUUGAUCACUGUACUGAUCAUAAUACAAAAGAGUUAAUUAAGCAAUGAUGUAUUGCUGUCAGCCACAUGACUGUUAUCUGAUUUAAGUAUUGUAUACUCCUGUAGCUAAAAGAUAUAAAAACCCUGUAACAACAAUAAACUUUGCAUUUGCGCCACCAGAGCCUUAAGCCCGUCUGUCCCAGGCGUCUUGAGCUGGUCUCCGUCAUUUGGUGCCGAAACCUGGGAAUCUCGGACUCCAUAUGACAAAGGCGUCGCUUCCUCCCACGAGCCGCGGUUGGUAAGUUAAAAUAGGGAGGUAAGGACUAGGGAAUUGGACAGAUUGUUAAAUAAAAUGGGACAAGCUGCAAGUACAGAACAAGGCAUUUUUUCUGCAAUGCUGAAAUCAUUAUUAGUUGCCCGAGGAGUAAAAGUGACUCGGGGUCAGAUUAGUCAUUUUUUAGAUUUUAUAGAGGAAGUAUGCCCCUGGUUUCCCAGGGAUGGAACUAUUAAUAUUGAAACUUGGAAUAAAGUAGGUGAAAGACUCCAGGGCUAUUAUGCUGUGCAUGGUCCUGAGAAGGUACCUAUUGAUACCUUUACGCUUUGGACUCUAAUAAAAGAAUGUCUCAGAGGAGACACGGGAGAUGAGAAGUGGCAGCGGACCACUCGCUCAACAGAAAAGUUAUAUCCUGCCUUGUCGCGAUCAAAAUCUCUUGAUCAUCUCCCUUCGUCUAUGCCAUCGGCACCCCCACUGUCCCCUCCCCAAUAUGAGCAACCUUUGAUUUGUAAAUUAGCAAACGACUUGCCGCCUUGUAAACCUCCUGGCACUAACAUAACAAAGGAUAUUUUACCCCCUGAUGAUUGGGGAGAGUUAGAAAAAGAGGCUGCUGAAUAUCACCAUAAGGACUUAGCGGCUGUAUUCCCAGCGUUACAGGUUGCUAAUGCCGCUGUGCAGACACAACAGAUAGUUGAUCAGGCUCGAUCAGAUCCCCUUGCUGUUUUGCGUGCCUUUCGAGCAGGGCGAAUGCCUCCCCCGCCUGGAGUAGACGCUCUGCUUAUGCAACAAUCCCCUAUGCAAUUAGCGCUCAAAGAAGCAAGGAAAGCUGGGGAAACAAUUGAUGAAUUUUCUGGGCAACUUUUCCCGUCUCAAGUUUUCCCUGUCAUACAGCGUCAACUUGCAAACGGUGGCAUUCUGAAUGAUUAUGAGCCUAUUCCUUUUAAACAACUGAAAGAGCUUAAAGCUGCUAAUAUUCUCCCCCCUUCUGACUGGAAAAGCUUGGCAAAGGCUGUGUUAAGUGGAGGUGAAUAUUUGCUUUGGACUUCCGAAUAUGCGGAACGGUUCUUCUUGUGCCCCUUUAUUACCAGUUCCUCAUUUUGGAGUGAACCCCAGAGGAUUAAUGCCUAAUGAUUUAUGGCAGAUGGAUAUCACACAUGUACCUUCUUUUGGAAAAUCUUCUUAUGUCCAUGUAACAAUUGACACUUUCUCUCACUUUGCAGUAGCCUCAGCCUUGUCUGGUGAAAGCUCUCUCAUGUAUGCAACCAUCUUUUGCAUUGUUUUAGCGUUAUGGGAACACCGAAAUCAUUAAAAACUGAUAACAGGCCAGCUUAUGUAAGUAGCGGUUUUGCAACCUUUUGUUGACAUUUUAAAAUUUACCAUAAAACUGGAAUUCCAUAUAAUCCAGAAGGCCAAGGCAUAGUAGAAAAAUUUAAUCAUUUAUUGAAAACUCAACUAAAGAAAAUAAAAAGGGGGACAUGAGGAAUUAAAGAUACUCCGUCCUCUAUGUUAUCACAUGCAUUGUUUGUUUUAAAUUUUUUGACAUUGGAUGAUGACAGAAAAUUGGCUGCAGAUAGACAUUGGAGUAAUAAAAAGAGAUAAACCAAUAGCAUAUUGGAGAAAUCCAAUAGACGGUAAAAUUUAUGGUCCUGAUCCUGUACUAAUUUGGGGCAGAGGAUAUGUUUGUUUUUUCCCUACAGACGAAACCUCACCACGGUGGAUACCGGAGAGAUACGUCCAUCAUGCCCAAAACCAAAAUGGGAAAACUGCGAAGAAAGAUGCAGAGACUGAUUCUAACCUAGACGAAUCCAUUGUGUGAACAAAUUAUAAUGCAGCAAGAUUGGGAUACCAAUGUUUCAACAGGAAUUCAUUGGGCUCUGAAUUUUCUCUAUAUAGAUUUAGCUAAAGGGACAAGAGGUUCUGGAACGCCUCCCUUAAAUUUUCCUUUAUGUCAAAGCACAAUCACUCCAAAAACAGAAUUUGCACCUUUAUGGAGAGCAUGUCGAGCUAACGAAACAGUGUGCAUUGAUUCCACUAUCUGUGAUUGGAAUAUGAUAGGAAAUCAAGGGCGACCAAUUAAUUUGGUCCAUUAAUCAAUUAAUCCAAUUAAUUGGUCCAAUUAAUUCAUUGAUUUGGAUUCAAAUAAAUAAUAAAUGGGCAAUGACUGCAGAGAGUUAUACAACUGAGUUUUAUAUGCGAGUUUGUGUUCCAGAACCUUAUGCCUUUUUAAGCGGACCACUAAAUAUUGUGAAUAGCAUAGUGAGUUGUACCGAUUGUGUAAUCUCUAAUUGUCUUAAUAGUAGCAGUAGUUCCUUCUUGUUAGUAAAGCAACCCGAUUACGUCUAUCUUCCUGUAAAUUUGACACAUUAUUGGUAUGCUGACAAGGGAAUGGAAAUCCUCCAAGAAACUUCUUUGCAAUUGAUAGAGAGAUCUAAGCGAAUGGUCGGAUUAAUAAUAGCCAGAAUAGCUGCGCUCAUUGCUGCCAUAGCAGUAACUACAGUAGCUUCUAUUUCUUUAACAACUAGUAUUCAGACAGCAGCUUAUGUUAAUGAAUUAUCAAUUAAUGUAUCUAAAGCGUUACAAAAUCAAGCUACUUGGGAUGAAAAGAUUGAACUGGGUCUCAAUUCCUUAAAGGAUACAGUAGACAUCCUGGGAAGACAGUUACAAAUUAUAGCUACUCAUGAAUCUCUCUUGUGUCAUGCAGAAUACCGAGCUAUCUGUGUGACUCCUGUUGAAUACAAUAAUACCAAAUUCUCUUGGAACAAAAUACAAGAUCAUCUUCAAGGCAUAUGGAAUAAUGCGAACACAUCAUUAGAUCUUAGGGAAUUGAGACAGCACAUUCACCAUAUGAUACAAUCGCACCAUAUAGAUCUUUCAGUAGCAACUCAAACUACUACAUUUAUAAGCGCUCUAAAAUCUACAUUUCCGUCCUUCAAAUCAUUUAGAAAUGGAAUUUAUGGGCUGAUAGUCAUUGCCAUAAUGAUAAUAAUAGGAAUUCUUGCUUGUCCAUGCUUGAUGAAAAUGAUAACAAAUAGACUCCAAAAUUUGCGUAUAAAUCUUAAAAAAUCGGACAUGGAAAACACAAAAAACAAACCACCACCACCCCUGGUCUAAUAAAAUAGAAAAGGGUGGAAUGAGGAAGACUGUUAAGCAAAACAGACCUGGCUGGCCUGAAAGGGUCAAACAGGGAACACGCGGCCCCUCCUGAAAGGGAAGGACUGCCAUGUGAAACUAGCAAGCAUAAGCUACAGCUUCUUCGUUCCGUGACCAAGAGCAGAACAUGUUCUGUGAAGAGAACGACUUUUGAUCACUGUACUGAUCAUAACACAAAAGAGUUAAUUAAGCAAUGAUGUAUUGCUGUCAGCCACAUGACUGUUAUCUGAUUUAAGUAUUGUAUACUCCUGUAGCUAAAAGAUAUAAAAACCCUGUAACAACAAUAAACUUUGCAUUUGCGCCA